ACUAUAUUUGAACUUGAAUCUCGAUGAACAGUACCUGUAAUAGAUAUUUAGAACUUGCCCUCGCUCCCGGCCUCCCGCUCUCUCUCUCUCGCUGUGGCUAUCGCCACCAGGCUUUGUUGGCGCUCAGUUCGUCGAUUCAAAAAUCUCCACGACGUCGCAUUUGGGACAACAAGGAGCAGAAAGAAGAUCAGGUUUUGCAGAGUGUGGUAGAUCUUUCCUAUUUCCAGCAAUGGCGUCUGGUUCACCUCGAUCACGCAUCAAUCAGUUUUUUGCUUCGAAAAAGAGGAAGCCCCAGUCGCCUGGUUUGAAGAUUGGGAGAUUUGAAAAGAAUGAAAAAACAACAAUGGAAGGUUCUCCUAGUGCCAAAGGCACUUUGGACAAUUAUCUUGGAACUUCACAAGAUAAUGAAAUUGUCUACCCUUCAUGCACGACUAGUGGGAAUGAUCCUAUUAAAACGAACUUGGCAUCGGAGUUUGAUAUAUUUUCCAAACAUGAAAAUGAGCACUCCUUGUUGGCAGAAACUAAAUCACAAGAGUUUGAAGUGGCUCAUAAGGGAAUAUCUCUGGGCUUGUCGGAGGCAGGAAAUGUUGCCUUUCUAGGUCCAGCUGAGGGUGCUCUUCAACUCGGGGAAAAUCCGGAAUUAAAACAGUUUGCUUCCGACUUUUUGUCUUUGUACUGUAGUGAAGUUCCAGCCAAUGUUGAUUCGCCAUCAGAGACAAAGGUGAAUGACCGAAAGAGACAUGCUAGUCCGUCUAUUAUGAGUGAGGAGGAUAAAAUAUUCAAGAAAAGGCAUCUUAUAUCCCAUCAGAUGGAAACAGAGGAUAUUACUGUUUGCUCUAAUAAGAAGAAUCUUGAAUAUGAAACUGGAAAAUUCUUUAGCAACCCUUCGCAAGAGGUAAUAACUAGCAGCAAUCCCACUGAGCUUCAAGCAGGCUUAAGAAAGUGCACUACAGCAACCAAAGCUGUCCUAAAUACAAUGGACUGCUGUACACCUGGUUCAUCAAUUAUUAAAGCAUGUGCUCGUAGGACACCACAGUCAACUCGAGGAAGUUCUAUGUUUUCACCCGGGGAAGCUUUCUGGAAUGAAGCAGUUGAAAUGGCUGAUGGUUUGUUUUCUCAAAGUGAUAAACCAUCUGCUCAAGUCACUGAAGAAACUAAUAGUCUGAAGGGCCAACAUGAGGUAAAGAAUACAGAAACCUUAGGAAAUACAAAUGUUGGUUACAAGUCAAAGGAAAUUCCUGAUGAAUGUGAGAGCAGAGUCAAACUUCAGGGAAUUAAUGCUUCUUUGGAGUCAGCAAUGAAGCAGAAGAAGGGGAUGGAUAAAGGAGUGUCCCCGCUGCCUGUCAAGCAUCUUGACUUUUCAUUUGAGGACAAAAACUUGGAUGGAGGUAUCCCUAAUGUAUUACAGAAGGACAGUGAAGUGGCCGAAUGCAGUAAUACUCUGAUAGAUCACGUUGAACUACAGAAAACUGAAGAGGUGCAAGGAGAAACGCAGGAAAGGGCGUCCCUUAAUGUGGUACCCAAAGUGGAAGUUAAUUUAUCAAAUCAAGAUAAUAAUAGUAUAACUUCCAUGUCACCAGAUAAUGAAGCAAAGAAGUCAAUUGGUGCUGAUGAAUACAAUGAAACCAGUACUCCAUUAAGUUCCGUGGCACGGAAAGACCUGCUAAGUAUCAGCAGUUGGCUUCCUUUAGAGAUAUGCAAAAUAUAUAAAAAGAAAGGAAUUGGACAACUCUAUCCAUGGCAGGUUGACUGCCUUCAGGUAGAUGGUGUACUUCAGAGAAGAAAUCUUGUAUAUUGUGCGUCUACAAGUGCUGGUAAAAGCUUUGUUGCUGAGAUUUUGAUGUUGCGGCGGGUGAUAUUAACAGGAAAAGCAGCACUACUAGUGCUUCCUUAUGUUUCAAUCUGCGUAGAAAAGGCGGAACAUCUGGAGGUCCUUCUUGAACCACUUGGAAAACAAGUUCGUAGUUAUUAUGGAACUCAGGGUGGUGGAACACUUCCUAAAGAUACUUCUGUAGCUGUUUGUACAAUAGAGAAGGCGAACUCUUUAAUUAACAGAUUGCUGGAAGAGGGUCGUCUGUCAGAAAUUGGAAUUAUUGUGAUUGAUGAACUGCACAUGGUUGGUGAUCAAAGUAGGGGUUAUCUACUGGAGCUUCUAUUGACAAAACUUCGUUAUGCUGCUGGUGAAGGCACGUCGGAAUCAAGUAGUGGAGAAAGUACAGGUUCCAGCAGUGGUAAGGCUGAUCCAGCUCAUGGUUUACAAAUUGUAGGGAUGAGUGCAACUAUGCCAAAUGUGGAAGCUGUUGCUGACUGGCUUCAAGCUGCACUGUACCAGACAGAUUUUCGACCGGUUCCAUUGGAGGAAUUUAUUAAAGUUGGCAACACCAUUUAUGACAAGAAUUUGGACAUUGUUAGAACAAUUCCAAAGGCAGUUGAUCUUGGUGGUAAGGAUCCUGAUCAUAUCGUCGAACUGUGCAAUGAGGUUGUUCAACAGGGCCAUUCAGUGUUGAUAUUUUGUUCGAGUCGGAAAGGAUGUGAAUCAACUGCAAAGCAUGUGUCAAAAUUUCUUAAGAAUUUCUCUGUCAAUGCCCAUGGUGAUAACAGUGAGUUUGUUGACAUUACUUCAGCAAUAGAUGCCUUGCGAAGGUGUCCUGCUGGUUUGGAUCCAGUACUGGAAGAAACUCUUCCUUCUGGUGUUGCAUAUCACCAUGCGGGACUCACGGUCGAGGAAAGAGAGGUUAUUGAAACCUGCUAUCGUAGAGGAUUUGUCCGUGUCUUAACUGCCACAUCUACCUUAGCUGCUGGUGUUAACUUACCCGCCCGCAGAGUAAUUUUUCGACAACCCCGAAUUGGACGUGAUUUUAUUGAUGGGACUAGAUACAAACAGAUGGCAGGUCGGGCUGGUCGGACUGGUAUUGAUACAAAAGGAGAAAGUGUGCUUAUUUGCAAGACAGAAGAGAUCAAAAGAAUUAAAGGACUUUUAAAUGAAAGCUGCCCUCCCUUGCAGUCUUGUUUAUCUGAAGAUAAGAAUGGAAUGACGCAUGCAAUUCUAGAAGUUGUGGCUGGCGGAAUGGUGCAAACUGCCAAUGAUAUUAACCGCUAUGUUAGGUGUACUCUUCUCAAUUCUACAAAACCAUUUCAAGAUGUGGUGAAAUCAGCUCAGGAUUCUCUUCGGUGGCUGUGUCAUAGAAAAUUUCUUGAAUGGAAUGAUGAUACCAAGUUAUAUGGUACUACUCCCCUAGGACGUGCAGCUUUUGGCAGUUCCCUUUGCCCAGAGGAGUCACUGAUUGUGCUGGAUGAUCUUUCAAGAGCUAGAGAAGGCUUUGUGCUUGCAUCUGAUUUGCAUUUAGUUUAUUUAGUAACACCAAUCAACGUUGAAGUUGAGCCAGAUUGGGAGUUGUACUAUGAACGCUUCAUGGAAUUGUCUGCUCUUGAACAGUCUGUUGGUUAUCGAGUUGGAGUAGCAGAACCAUUUUUGAUGCGCAUGGCACAUGGUGUUCCUAUCCGCAAAUCAAAUGGAUUAAGAGAUUGCAUGAAGAUGUUACGUGGAAAGUUUGAAAAUCAAGUUGGGACCAGCAACAUUAUGCUUUCAGAUGAGCAAACUCUUCGAGUGUGCAAACGGUUUUAUGUUGCCCUCAUCUUGUCAAGAUUAGUGCAGGAAGUUCCAGUAGGUGAGGUUUGUGAAGCUUUUCGAGUGGCAAAAGGCAUGGUACAAGCCUUACAGGAGAAUGCUGGCAGAUUUGCAUCGAUGGUUUCUGUGUUCUGUGAGAGGCUAGGAUGGCAUGACCUAGAAGGCUUGGUAGCAAAGUUCCAAAAUCGUGUUUCAUUCGGAGUCAGAGCAGAGAUUGUAGAGCUUACUACUAUUCCAUAUGUUAAGGGAUCGCGGGCAAGAGCACUUUAUAAAGCUGGUUUGCGCACGCCUCUAGCAAUUGCAGAGGCAUCUAUUCCUGAGAUCGUGAAAGCUCUUUUUGAAUCUUCCUCAUGGAUUGCACAAGAAAGCUUAGCACAGCGACACAUGCAAUUUGGUGUGGCAAAGAAGAUCAAGAACGGUGCACGCAAAAUUGUUCUAGAUAAAGCUGAAGAGGCCAGGGCUGCUGCCUUCUCAGCUUUCAAAUCACUUGGCUAUAGCGUUCCACAAUUUUCUCGGCCUCUGAUGUUGAAUGGAAGUCCAGGAGGACAGGAAGCUGCAAGUACCAGUGUUGGGGAUGAUUCUCCUCACAGUUUUGUAGGGGUUGGGCAAAUAGAAGAUGCGUCAGCCAUGCCACUGACAGAAACAGGCAAGAACUUGGAGAAAGUUUCUUCACCUAAUGAAGGAAUAGUGCUGACAAAAUCCUCUGCUGAUAACUUAGUGGUUUUUGAAGAAAUAAACUUAGAUACUGCCUUGCAAACCAACUUAGGUUUGGAAAAUCCUGCAGCUGUAAUUGGCGACGAGGUCAAUGCUGCAGUUGAACAAUGCAGAAGUACAAAGAUGGAAACUGCUAGUGAAUAUCUGGAUCAUGGAAUGCAGGAUAUGCUCAAUGAAGAUCUUUGUGUUGGCACUGCAGAUGGUGCUUGUGGGAAAGGUCCUCUAAAUGCAGUUAACGCUCCUGGUGGAUUUGAUUCUUUCCUGGAGCUGUGGGAGACUGCAGUGGAAUUCUCUUUUGACAUCCACUUCAACAGACGAUCAGAAACAAAUUCUGUUGCUCCCUUUGAGAUUCAUGGCAUAGCAAUCUGUUGGAAAAAUUCUCAUGUGUACUAUGUAAAUUUGCCCAAGGAUUUACUAUGGUCGGACAAUAGAAAAAACAAUUCCUUAUCAACAAGUGCCUCUAGUGAGAAACAUAACAACCUACCCUCUCAGCAUCUGUCGGAGAUGGCUAAACUGAGAUGGAAGAGAAUUGGCGAUAUAAUGGGAAAACGUGGUGUCCGCAAAGUUACAUGGAACUUGAAAGUGCAAAUUCAAGUGCUUAAGAACCCCGCAAUUUCUAUUCAGAGAUUUGCUUGCUUGCAUCUAGGAGGGGAAGAUAUGGGACUAGAAAUUAUUGACAACUCAUGGUUGUUAUUACCACCAGUUCUUCUUAAUGAUGGAAUUGAUAUGUGCAUUGCAGCAUGGAUUCUUUGGCCCGAUGAGGAGAGAAGCUCUAAUCCCAACCUUGAGAAGGAAGUAAAGAGAAGGCUAUCCAGUGAGGCCGCUGCAGCUGCUAAUCAGAGUGGCAGGUGGAAGAAUCAAAUGCGAAGAGCUGCACAUAAUGGUUGCUGCCGUAGAGUUGCUCAAACACGUGCCCUGUGUUCUGCUCUUUGGAAACUACUCAUCUCUGAAAAACUUAUUGAAGCGUUUACAUAUAUUGAAACGCCAUUGGUUAAGGUCCUUGCUGAGAUGGAGCUUUGGGGAAUAGGCAUCAACAUGGAGGGAUGCCUCUGGGCACGAAACCUGUUGUGUAAAAAACUAAGAUGUCUUGAGAAGGAAGCUUAUAACUUGGCUGGCAUGACAUUUUCUUUGGGCACAGCUGCUGAUAUUGCGAAUGUACUGUAUGGGCAUUUGAAGUUGCCUGUGCCAGAGGGGCGAAAUAAAGGAAAGCAGCAUCCGAGCACUGAUAAACACUGUUUAGAUCUACUGAGGGAUGAACAUCCUAUUAUUCCAGUCAUUAAAGAGCAUAGAACAUUGGCAAAGCUCUUAAACUGUACAUUGGGAUCCAUUUGUUCGCUAGCUAGGUUGUCUCGGAGUACAAACAAAUACACACUACACGGUCACUGGCUCCAAACAUCGACUGCAACAGGUCGGCUUUCAAUGGAGGAACCUAAUCUUCAGUGUGUUGAGCAUAUGGUUGAGUUCAGCCUUAGGAAAGAUACAAAUGGAAGUGAUGCCAACAGUGAUAACUAUAAGAUUAAUGUCCGUGACUUCUUUGUUCCUACUCAGGAUAACUGGUUACUAUUGACAGCAGAUUAUUCUCAAAUAGAGCUGAGGUUGAUGGCCCAUUUUUCAAAGGACUCUGCCUUAAUUGAAUUCCUCAGUAAGCCUCAAGGUGAUGUCUUUACCAUGAUGUCAGCAAUAUGGACUGGGAGGGCAGAAGAUUCUGUCAGCUCCAACGAGCGAGACCAAACUAAAAGGUUAAUCUAUGGCAUUCUUUAUGGAAUGGGUGCUGACACUCUUGCUGAACAACUAAACUGCACCUCAGACGAAGCUAAAGAAAAAAUCAAAAGCUUUAAAAGCUCUUUUCCAGGUGUUGCUUCCUGGCUUCAUGAAGCCGUUUCUUCUUGUCGUCAAAAGGGAUAUAUAGAAACCCUCAAGGGAAGAAAGCGCUUCUUAUCGAAGAUAAAGAUUGGAAACAGUGAAGAAAAAUCAAAAGCUCAAAGGCAAGCUGUGAAUUCUAUUUGUCAGGGAUCUGCUGCUGACAUAAUCAAAAUCGCAAUGAUAAAAAUGUAUUAUGUAAUCGUUGAAGGGGUUGACUGGCUAGACUCUGACUCUACAAUUUCAACCAAGUUUCACAUGCUUAAGGGCCGCUGCAGAAUUCUUUUGCAGGUGCAUGAUGAAUUAGUACUGGAAGUUGAUCCUUCAGUGGUAGAGGAAGCUGCAGAGCUGCUGCGAGUGAGCAUGGAAAAUGCUGUCUCCCUUCUAGUUCCUUUGCGUGUCAAAUUGAACGUUGGGAAGACAUGGGGCUCUUUGAAGCCUUUAAAAACUGAUCAAUGAACGGAGGAAGCUGCAUGAAAACUUUAGAUCAGUAGGAGCUUUCCCGGUUUUGACUUAGGAUUGUAGUUACAGAAAAUACGGACGGGAGUGAAGAGUAUGUAUGUGUUAUGUUCUGCAAAAAUUUUAACUUGCAGGAUAUCUUCUGAUUCUAAUGUCUGAUUACUGGUUAAAGAACAUAUCUCGUGAAAGGGUGAUAACUUGGAAAUUGGGUUCCGUGAUGACGGAUUAUGCAUCUCUAUGGCAGAUUGCUGCUACUUCAGCUUUUGUCCCAUCAGCCAGCAUCCUCCAAAAGUCCAUGUUGUUUCUGAUGUGUGGUAAUGGAAGACAGCAGACAACAUUAUUCUGUUUAUGGCACACACUACGGGUUUCUAAUUUACCAUCUUUUUGCACUGGCAUCUGCCAUUGUGUUCUUUUGCAUGAGCAUACUUCCCAAGCUGAGAAGUACCUAAGUCAAUCACUGCUCACUUGUUGAGAACUUCAGUGAAACGCAGGGUCAUUGUUGCUCCUUGAUGAAUAUCAUUUUCCAGAAAGACGAGCUAACUUUGGAUCAUCUCAGUGGCUGCAUAAUUGCGAAGUAACGGUUCUACUUCACCUUUGCCACCGUGAGCAUUCCCGGUGUCAACUCCUUUACCUCCGACGAUAACGUCAGUGCCACCCCCAGCUUUCAUUUCCCUGUUUUAACUUGCACUCCUUCCAUUUUCGUCGUUCACUGGGCUCCCUUUUCCUGUGUCGACGGUUACUGCUUCACCUUCAAAACUAACGGAACUACUCCUAUUCUCCGAUUCCGUCAAUAUACCGACGUGCUAGAAAGCUUUGAUACAUGACAAUUAACGAAUCAGUUCCAACACCUUUUCCG